AAUCUUGGGGUCUCCUACCACCUUCGGCUGGGGAUCUUGAGCUCCCACGUUCAACUCAAAGACACUCUUUCAACAAUGGAGACUCGCAAUCGAGAGCCGCAUCAGCCGUUUGCCCGCUUGCAGGAGGUGCUUGGAUUGAGCGGGGUACGGCUUGACGACCCAAAGUUUGUCGCCGCCAUUGACGGCCUUCUCGAAGGCAUCGCCAAGAACGAUACGUGGGAUAGACUUCCCGUUAGCUUGAAGGCGACAAUCUCCAAGCACUUCUCGCGAACUGCCCCUCCUCUGGGAUACAAGGAAGAAAUUGAGCGUUGGGUGACCGCUGAGACCUCACUGCAACAGGACGCAGUCUGCCAACUAUACCGGCAACUUCAGACUUUAUCAAACCCAUCGACGGCUGUAGAGAAGACCAAGCGACGGGCUUACUUGCUCGUGUUCUAUGACAUACGGGAGCAGUUCUUACGCUCGAAACAGCACAAGCUCAUCAAGCACCUCAAGUCCAAGCUCACAGGCCACGACGAAAACAACAUAAAUAACAACUGUCAUGAUUGGGGGAAGGGAGGCCGGAGCCUCGACAGAAUUUCUCGAGCACUGGAUGGGCGCGGCGCACUAUUCAUGGAAGAAUGUGACCUCAUCGGUCGCACCACUCUGGAGUUUCGCGCAAAGAAGACACCGAAUGUUGAGAAGAUUGCCACGCAGCUCCGCAGCCACGGGGUUUGCCAAACGGAAGAUACACAGUGGUGUUUUGAUUACGCGGACAAGUUCUUCAAUCAUUGGAAAGUAAGCACCGCUUCAUACAUCGCGGGCUUGCGCACGCAGGAGAAACGCAAGGCAGGACCAGAAAAGCUCGCGCCGGCAUCGCCAAAGCGGAUGCGGUUCGACGCUCGUCAGGGCGACGACAGAAGAACCAACACAGUGCCCGAGCGAAUUGUUUCGCGACUUGUCCCUUGCCAUGCGCCGAACAUGUGGCCGCUACCACUUCAGGAGAACGAGGUGGCAUACAGCCUCAUGGACGGUGUAUAUCCUCUCGGUGAGGGAUUCAUAAACGAGGAUGCAACAUGGAUUGACCCAGCAACAUUUGGGGCAACUAACAUCGAGGAUUUGUUACGUUCGACGCAACCCUAGAUACGUCAAAGAGGGACAGAUUUUGACGCUCUCUGUCACGUAUACGUAACAUCCAAAAUCGACCUUCUGUUCUCCGAUACUUGAUUCUUCCGAUACCUCUAUCGGCACGAAUAUCCGUGGCGGGUUGUUGAUUGGCAAGGUGGCCUCCUUUCGUAUCCGGACACAGUUGACCUGCGCGUCGCCACCGACCUUAGCAGCAGGCUUUAGUCUUAUUCUGACAUGUAUCGAACGGGCCGAGGCUCACCUUCUCCCUGUAAUUGAACAGCUCCAU